AUGUCCGGCCCAACUCCCAUUCUCCUGCUCAAAACGAGAUCGUCCCCCCACGACGGAUACCACGAGUACUUUUCCGAAGAGUUCCAGCCGCGCUUUGUACCUGUGCUGGAGCAUCGGGUUCACGGGAAGAAUCUGGAGAGGGUGCGGGGGCUUUUUGCGUCGGGGGCUUUUGCGGGGGAGGAUCAGGGACCGGGGUCUUCGGGGGAACUGGGUGCGACGGGCAGGAGGUUUGGGGGUAUGAUAUUUACGAGUCAGAGGGCUGUUGAGGCCUUUGCGCUGAUGAUUGAGGAGAAUGGAUUGCCAUUCACACCAUCCCAGACUAAACCAUUCCCAUUAUAUACCGUGGGACCAGCUACAGCUCGUGCUCUGGCAGCGCUUCGCGACAAGUACCUGCCCGGCGCCACAAUCUAUGGCGAGGACGCCGGCAACGGACAGAACCUCGCAUACUUGAUUCUUGAGCACUACAACACGAUAUACCCGGACUCUACUGCAGAGCCACAACAUGGGUCAUCCCCACCGACAAAACCCUCCCUGCUCUUUCUGGUCGGUGAACAGCGUCGAGAUAUCAUUCCCAAGACUCUCAUGGGUCCGGACCGCCCCGAGACUGAUCGUAUCCACGUGGAAGAGAUCGUGGUCUAUGAGACCGGGGAAAUGGAGUCCUUUGAGGCGGACUUUGCGGAUGCGGUGCGUCAGUGUCGAGUGAAGACUCAACACACUGGCCCUACCGAUUCUCCGUCUCUCUCUGGUCCAACAGCUCCAAUUUGGGUCGUCGUCUUUUCCCCAACGGGUUGCGAGGCCAUGCUGCGGGUCUUGAAAAUGGGUCCCUUUGGGAAGAACGCGUCUGAUGGAAACGAGAAUCCACACGAAAGUGGCAAACAGGCUGCCCGGCCGGAUAUCUUUGUUGCGACGAUUGGACCGACCACGAGGGACUUUUUGCGGGAGAAGUUUGCUUUCGAAGCGCAUGUUUGUGCGGAGAAACCGAGUCCAGAGGGCGUUGCAGAGGGAAUUCGAUGGUUUAUGGCGAUGCGAGAGACGGACGCCCAGUCGAAGAUGGAGACGACGGACCAUAUUAAGGGGUGA